AUGAUAAAACAAUAUCUGCUACUAAUAUUCCUAGUUUCUAUUCAUUAUAAGUUGUCGGAUUCUAGUCCUGAGAAUGAAAGUCUACAAGAGGGCAGAGUGCGUGACUACAGUUGUACCACAGAGAUGUAUCCAUUUAUGGUAAAAGUGGAAAUGAAAAAUGACAAGAAAUGCAUUGUUAUAGGUGCAGGGACGAUGAUUGGACCCAACUCUGUACUAACUUCAGGUCUCGUUACUGAUUUAAUAUAUCUUAUGCGUGAAAGCGUUUGUAGAAUAAUAUCAUCUCCUGAUCACAAAGAUGGCGAUUUCCUGAAGGUUAACGUUAUAGCAAAUUAUACUCAUCCAUCAGGCGAUAUUGCCGUCCUGAAAUUGCAAAAAAAAUUAUUUCACAUUCAACUUGCAACUCUUCCCGGUCAAGACUUUGUCGAUUUUGCUCUCCAAUGCGGGUCACUUAAUGUUAUGGGAUUUGGACCUACACAAUUUGAUCAACAUUACAAAAAGAUAGCGAGAACUCUCCAAUGUAGUUUUGUCUCACCAAUUCCUAGUGAACGGUGCCAAAAAAUAGCGAAUAUGGUACUUUCUGGAGACAGACAUUUUUGCUUUAGAAUCAGAGCUUCCGACAUCCAAAGGUCCUUGAAUAAUAUCGACUAUGGAGGGCCACUUUUCUGUGUCGGAUACCAAGUUGGUAUUAUUGGUAGAUUCGAUCCCCAGGAUCCUAAAGGUUUGGUUGUUAAUUUUAAAGUACAACAUUAUUUGGAUUUUAUCCAGAAGAACUCUUGUACCACCAUUUACUCUAGCUCCAUCUUAAUAAUCAUAAUUAAAGUUGGUUUAUGUUAUACUUAUCUGAUACUGUAA